CGGCGAGGCGGGAAGUAGCACAGCCCUCACUCUCGCGAUAGCUGCCUGGUGCCGCCCCCCGGCGUUGUAACGGCCGUUACCUGGCCGUCGCUGUUUACGGUGGCGUAGCCAAUGGGAAGGCAGGGCGUGUGGGCGGGACUGGGACGCGCGGCCAAUAGGAAGGAGGGGCGGUGCGUUUAAACGGCGUGUGCGCCCAGCCAGCGGCCUGUGGCGGUUCUGUAGCCAUGCCCAGCCGCCCCGACGACUACGAGGUGCUGCUCACCAUCGGCGCCGGCUCCUACGGCAGGUGCCGCAAGGUGCGCCGCAAGGCCGACGGCAAGAUCUUGGUAUGGAAGGAGCUGGACUAUGGCUCAAUGACAGAGGCAGAGAAACAAAUGCUCGUUUCCGAAGUGAAUUUGCUACGCGAGCUGAGACACCCGAAUAUCGUCCGCUAUUACGAUCGCAUCGUCGACAGAAGCAGCACAACUCUCUACAUCGUGAUGGAGUAUUGCGACGGUGGCGAUCUGGCAAGCUUAAUUGCAAGGUGCACCAAACAAAGGCAUUAUUUGGAAGAAAGCUUUGUUCUCAGAGUGUUGACUCAAUUAACAUUGGCCUUGAAGGAGUGUCACAGACGGAGUGAUGGUGGAGUCACUGUGCAUCGUGACCUAAAACCAGCAAAUGUCUUUCUGGAUGGCAAGCAGAAUGUGAAACUUGGAGAUUUUGGACUAGCUAGAAUAUUGCACCAUGACACCAGCUUUGCCAAAACAUUUGUUGGGACUCCAUAUUACAUGUCUCCAGAACAGAUGAACCAUAUGUCAUACAAUGAAAAAUCUGAUAUCUGGUCUCUGGGAUGUCUCCUGUAUGAAUUGUGUGCUCUUUCGCCUCCGUUUAAAGCUUACAACCAAAAGGAGCUGGCAGAAAAGAUAAGGGAAGGGAAGUUCAGACGAAUACCAUAUCGUUACUCAGAGCAGUUGAAUGAACUUCUCAAAGAGAUGCUGAAUGUAAAGGAUUAUUGCCGACCUUCUGUUGAAGAUAUUCUGCAGCACCCCUUGAUAGCAGACUUGGUGACAGAAGAACAAAGACAAAAUUCUGAUAAAAGAGGCUGGAGAUCAUGGGAGCCAGAAAAACUGCAGCAUUCGGAUGCUGCAAUGAGCGAGCUGAAACGGAAGGAACAACACUUACAGGAGCGAGAACAAGCCAUUAAAGAGAGAGAACAACGUUUGGAGCAGAGAGAACGGGAACUCUGUGUUCGAGAGAGACUGGCAGAAGACAAACUUGCUAGAGCUGAAAACUUGAUGAGGAACUACAGUCUCUACAAACAGCAGAUUGCAUUAGCUUGUGCAGAUGGUCCAGAUAACGCACUCCUACUCCCCUUUUCUACAACCAAGAAGAAAGUACACUUUGGAAGUGAAGAGAACCUUGUGCCUCCUUGUAAUGUGGAAAACCAUCCCCUUUCUAAAGGGAAGUCAUCUGAUCUCAGAAAACGUCUAUAUGCUGCAAAUCUACGGGCUCAAGCACUGUCUGAACUGGAAAAAAACUAUCAACUAAAGAGCAGACAAAUCCUGGGCAUGCGCUGAAACUAAUAGAGAUGUAAAGUAUUUAACUUUUAAAAGUUGAUUAAAUGUAUGGGAAGAUACUUGUGCUUCCCUCUUUUAAGUUGGAACCUACUGAAAAUUUAUUAUAACAGUUGUUAUACAAACUUGUAGUCUAUAGGUAGUUCACGAUAAAGGCUUAAGAGAUUAUAUUAUGAAAGCAGGUAGUUUUGAUACCAAAUUAAACAAAUUGAAUUAUUUGUAUUAUUCAAGAAAAUAUAUUUUAGUUCUUCUGUUUACUGUACAUUACUCUUCUGAAAAUAUAAAGAAUGAAUAUUGUAAAACAGAUACUUUUAAGAUCCGAUGUAAAAAACUUUUCAGAUAAAAAUGUACAGAUUCACAAUCUGUAGGUUAAAACGAUGCUGUAUGUAACACACAGUACUUGAUUAAAAAAAAGUAUUGAUAUUUUA